AAUCACUGCACAGACAGAGCCGCCAUCUUGGCUCUUGCUGCUGUCGUCCAUGGGAGCAUCACAAACUCUAAACAAAAACAUAGCGGAUUUACUAUAAUUGUCACAGAGAUCUGAUGGUAAAGGAGGAGGAGGAGGAAGAUGGACGACCCAGCCGCCAAUAAGAACCUCAUGCCCUGUCCAGUGUGGACCGGGUCGGUUAGCUGGUCCGGAGACCCCUCUCAAGGAGCCCCUCUGCUUCCUCUGCCCACUUCUCAGCAGCUUGGCCUGGGCUCCACCACAGACUCCAGGCCCAUCUAUGACCAAAUACAAGCAUCUGGUCUAAACUGCCUCAACAACUUGCCCUGUAGAGUCAAUCCCCAAUCCGCUUCUCGUUUCAAAACUUCCCAGCUUUGCAGUACUUCAACAUCAGCUUCACUUUUCGCAAAUGCUCCAACCUCACCCAGUAUUUCUAAUGUUCUUUCCUUUGCUCAGCUUAGUCAAACGCCUUUAAUGCAGCCUACAAAUCAUGCCAAAAAUACAACACGGCCUGCUCUUUACCAAUCAACUCAACAUCUGGCCUCAUUCCAGCCCUUGUUAUCAAAUCAAGCUUUACCCAGUGCACCCCAGGACCUGCCUGUCAGUCUGCCUUCAUGCUCACAGCGGUCAAACCAGGUUGUCAGGAGCAAACCGACAGGUGUAGACAUGGCUCCUGUUCCUGGACAGGUGAACAUCCCUGCCGUCCCCACACAGAUGAUUUCCCAAUGGAGGCAAAACCGUAAGGGAAAUAAGAAGAAAUCUCCCAAUGCUCAGGCAACACAAAGAACAAACACAGCUUCUCUGGCCAGUACUGAGUCACGCAGUGCACUUAUGCAGCAGCGGCAGGAACUUCUGAAAAAACUGUCAGACUUGGAUGCACUUCUGAAAACGAUGCCUUCAGAGGACAUGGAGAGCGAGGAGGCGUCACUUACUGCUGACUUGACUUCUGCUGCAAAUGAUACUGCACCUCAAGAGUAUCAUGAAGAGUCCAGUGACUUUUCAGAGGGUGCAGAUGUUCCUUCAGAGGAUGACAGCAGUCCUGGAUUCUUACCUGUUAGUGAUGAAGAGGUUUCGGACUCAGCAGACAGUUCCUCAGACGAAACCCCCCAUAAGAAAACCACAUGUAACACUCGACUUAAAGCAAAAUCAAAGGCUCACCCACCAGCUAAAGACAAGCGCAAAAGAACUCUGAAGAAGAGGUACACACCCAAGUCGUCCAUUUUGGUUUUGCAGUGUGUGAGCAAGAAAGGCAAGCGAGUGUAUGACAAAAAGAAUUACUGCAUGUUCUGCUCCAAACCGUUCAGUAAGCUGUCUAGACAUCUCGAAAUGGUCCACAGUCAUCAAGAGGAGGUUGCAGAUGCGUUACAACAUCCCAAACAUUCCAAAGAGAGACUAAACAUUUGGAAUAGGUUGAAAAAUAAGGGAAACUUCGCUCACAACAAGGAUGUGCUCAAAACAGGGAAGGGGUUUCUGGCAGCUGUGAAAAGACCAAGAACGCCUGUCCAAGAUUAUGAGUUUGUCCACUGUCUGUAUUGUCAGGGACUUUAUAUCAGCAAAGGGUUGUUCAGACACAUGAAGAAAUGUCCAGAGAAGAUCAAGAACAAAGAUGAACCCAAAAUAGGGAAGAAGCGUCUGGCCUUUAGAUGUGUGCUUGAAACACUGGGGCCAGACAUCAGUGAAGGUUUUAAAGGGCUUCUGUCUCCAAUGAUCAACGACCCAGUCACACAAGCCAUUCUGAAUCAUAAGGUGAUUCUGCAGUUUGGAGAGAGCAUGUUUAAGCAGCAAGGAGCUGACCCUAAUCGACACGAGAACAUUAGACAGAACCUUCGACAAAUUGCUCGACUUGUGCUCGAAGCCCAAAAGAGGACACCUCUAAAGGAGAUGGAGGACUUCUUUGAGCCCGCUAACUUCAAACAUGUCGUCUCUGCCGUCAACAUUGUAGCAGGGUACAAUUCAAAGACUAACUCUUAUACUAGCCCCUCUCUUGCAAUUAAACUGGGCUACCAACUUCAAAAGCUGUGCAGUAUUGUGGAGAGUAAUGCUAUUGAGAGUGGAGAUGAAAGCAGAGCCAAGUCCACUCAAAGCUUCCUUGAAGUGUACAAGACUAAAUGGAAUAAACUUGUAUCUGCAAGUGCACUGACCACUCUGAGAGAGACAAAGCGUGUUAAGGAGAAGAGUGUGCCUUCGAUUGAAGAUGUUAAAUGCCUAAACUCUUAUGUGGCCAAUGCUCACACUGUGGCUGAAAACAAGUUCAGAGAGCACGUCUCUGCUGAGACAUACGCCGCUCUGGCAAAGGUGAUACUCAGCCGUGUCAUUCUGUUCAACCGGAGGAAGCCUGCGGAAGUGUCGGGCUUAAGACUAGAAGAUUUCCUGUCCCGGAAAAUGUACAACAGUUAUAACUACUCUGGAGUCUCCCUGUCGGACCUAGAGAGGACCAUGUGCCGAUUCUUCACUCGAAUAGAAAUCCGAGGGACCUGUGGCCGGAUAGUUCCUGUGCUGCUGAAACAGUCCUUUGUGUUUGGCUUGGAGCUCCUGGUGAAGAACCGUGAGGCGUGUGGGGUCCCUGCUGAGAACCCCUUCCUGUUUGCCCGACCCACUGCUCUGACAGCCUACAGUGGCUCCACCAUCCUGCAGAACUACGUCAAAGACUGUGGAGCCAAGUCUCCCAAAACUCUCACCACAGCCAAAAUCAGGCUGCACUUUUCAGCCAUGCUGCAGAUGUUAAACCUCGACGAAAAUGAGGCCAACCAGAUUCUGGGACCAAACUAUCAAGUUUUACAAACCACCAGGACAGAUGUCAUUGAACAACCAGGGACAUUUGAGGACAUAGGGACCCAAACAUCUACACAGUGGGGACAAAAUCAGUUCGCCUGUAACUACUACCGACACGCUGCUAAUUAUCCCGACCAGAGCCAACAUGCCCAGGCCCCACUGCAGGGCCCUGUACCAAAGCGCCCCGUCUCAGACAAACCACAGAGAGUGUCUCAGAAGAACAAACAAAAGUGGGAUGAGGCGGAGGUCCGGGCUGUAGAGAGGCACAUGAUGCGCUUCAUUCACGGACAAAAAAUCCCUCAGAAGGUGGACUGCCUCCAGUGUCUUGAUGCUGAACCCGAGGCUCUGAGAGCACGCUCCUGGAAAGGUGUUAAGGACUAUGUCAGGAACCGGAUUACAGCACUGAAGAGAGAGGAAAGCAGAAGUGCUUUGAAAAACCUACCACCAACCAACUGGCCCUCCCAGGAUACAAGCGGUUAUUAUCAACUAUGAACGUGUAGUAGUGAAAAUGUGUAUUUCUGGAGGUUUGUCACCCUAUUUAAGUAUUUUAUCGCUCAUUAUAAAAAGAGCUGUUUUUAGUAGCCAAAAUGUUAUAAUCUUAUUUAUGUUUUAUUAUCCAGCCUUAUGUAAAAAUAUUUGCAAUGUGUUAUGAAGCAAACUGAUAAACAUUUGUGUUUUCUAG